CUCUUCAGCUCGCAGGGAAGCUAAGCUCGCAGGGAGAAGGAAGAGAGAAGGGACGGCACUCGCACUGCAGCCAUGCCGGAGGGCGAGAAGAUGCAGACUGACAUGGUACCAAAAACUGGCCAUUUUGACCGUCGGUUGGGGUUGGGCAUGCAGUGAGUGCCCGUGUGUGUAUGUGUUGUGUGCAGGACAGUCAGGAGAUGCAGACGGACGCCGUGGCGCAGGCGUCUGUCGCCCUCAGCAAGUAUGAGACGGAGAAGGACGUCUCCAGACAUAUCAAAUCCUUCUUCGACGCCAAGUGAGCCUUCUUGUGUGCCGUGUGGCUCACUGGAUGAAUGGGGCGGUCUGCGUUUCUCCUCUCCUGCUCUUUGUGUAUGUGUGUUUGUGUGUUUGUGUAGGUAUUCGCCCAACUGGCACUGUGUGGUGGGUAAGAACUUCGCCAGCUACGCCACCCACGAGUCGAAAACCUACAUCUUCUUCUACCUGGGGCAAGUGGCUGUCCUGCUCUACAAAGCAUGAUUAAUAUUGAUCAGCGGUGGGAGGGGAGCAAAGGACAACCUGGAGGUGGCGGGCUGUGCGGGGGUGGGACACAUCAAAUGGAUGGACGGACGGAUGGACCUGCCCUGGUGCUGUGUGGAUGACGUACAAGUAAGGGUGUGUAUGGUGUACGUGUGUGUGUGUUGUGGGUUCGGUUGAGAUGAUGAUAUGUACACAUCUGUCUGUCUCACCAUCAUGCAUCAUCAAUAGCAUGACAGGCACGGCCACCAUGACACGGAGAGUAAGGCAAGCCACUCGAUCAGCCAGCCAGCCAGCCGUACCUACGUAUGCAGCCAGAGAGAGAGAGAGAGAGAGAUGGACCGUUCCGCCUUUGCUGAGUGAGACAGACAGACAGACAGACAGACAGACAGGUAGACAGGGAAGGUACCCACGCACUCACACACGCACCGGCAGUUAGUUCGUUGGUAUGUUUCUAUGGUACAGGCAGGCAAGCUUCCUUCCAGGACAAAGGAGCAAAAACCAUUCAUUCACUCUUAUCUCUCUCUGUGUGUGUGCGCGUCACGUCCACUGUGUGUGUGUGGAUAUGUGUCCACCCAUCCCAUCUGGCCGCCUCCCCUGUCGGCUGGUUUGUUGGGACCCGCACCCACACACGCACACACGCGCACGUGCACAUUCACAUGAUGCGAUUGAGAAUGCAAAAACACUCCAUCCAUUGGAGGAGUGGUCCGGUG